UGAGAAAGAUGAUCCCUGUCCCAAAAGUAAUGUGUCUGAGGCAGAGCAGCUGCUCAAAAACCACACCCAAGAACCAGAAACAAGAAAUUGCUCAACUAAACUUUAUUGAAAAUGGAUUGACAUAAAUAUUCUGUGACACAGGACUGAAAAGGUGAUAUAUAUAUAAUACAAAGAGGUGUUCAAAAAUUGCUUUAACUUAGAUAUACUGGGACUGUCAAGACUGCCCUUCGCUGGCUUUGCUGUGGAGUCUCUCCUGGGUAUCUUGGAGGUUAUGCACUGUGAGCUCUCAAACUGUAAUGGAAUGGCCACCUGAAUUUUAACAAAGGUGUCUUUUCUCUGAAUUGUUAAUUCGUCAUAGAAGAUACGGGUCUGAACAAAACCAGAGUUUUAAAUGGCCACAUUAAAAAUGCUUUAUUCUUAGUUUUCACACUUCUGUGGUGUUAUUUCACUAGUUCGCCUGUGAUUAUAGGCUUUCCACCACAGACAAGACUUAAUUUCCAACAUUUUAAAAAAAAAAGGCAGAAAAAUUAAUCUUUAAAAAGCAAAGUUUCAGGUUCCCUUUAUACAUCAUAAAAAAUGAGACAAGCCCCAUUUUUGUUUUUCCUUUUAUGUAAUGGCAAGCACUGGCUUUUGACUUCUUGCUACACUGAUCAUAUUGGUUUUGUGAUCUUACAGAAAGCCUCAUUAAUUUCUAUCUACAGCUAAAGGUAUUUUCUAGCACCUUCUGAAUUAAUGAUGAUGAGCAUUUCCUUGUGCAGCCAGAGCCUUUCAACAAGGAGCCAUCCCUCUUCUUAGGGUUUUCUCUGGAUCUGAUUUAAUUCCUCCCUUCUUAAGAAACUUGUGUCCCUCAAAUCUUGCAUGGUAUUUCCAGUCUCACAAGCCCUUUUGUCUCAGUGCUAAAGGCUCUCACUCUAAAAUGAGCCCCAAGCCACAAAUGUUUGUAGCAGUUUUCACACUGAAACAUUAGGGAGAGGUUCAGAUCUGGGAUUUUGGACUCUAUUGUAAGCCUCCUAUUGUUAAAUCCUCUCUGCUGCUGCUCAGUCCUAAACUUUAAGAUACUCUGAACAAUUAAAAACAAAAGCACCAACAAGCGUCACCUAUUUCUCAUUAACCACUCUGAGAUAUUUUUUCCCCACUCAAAAUUUCCUGGCUUUUUUUCAUGCUUGCUUCAAAAGUCCCUUCACUAUUUCCAUUUGGUUUUACCCCACACUUCUAUUGCCGUAUCUGUUUAAUGGAAUCCUUAAACUAUGGAAUGUUUAUUAGCUUAAACUAUGAGUGGUUUAUUAGCUCCAUCUGCUGGGUGAAAUUUUUGCCUUUUCUUUAUCUGGAGAAAAAACCCUCACUAAGGGAAGGAAAUUGUUAUUUUGAUCAUUGCUUGAUUGUUUUUUUUUUCUCUCUAAUCACUCUUAGUAUUUCUACAGUAUCCCCAUAUUUAAUCUCUACACUUCAAAAUAUCUAAACAUUUUUUUUCUUACAAUGUCAUAUAUAUUUGCCUCUCUUUUAAAUGAGUAAAGGAUUCCCCCUAACCCACUUCACACUUUCCAUUACUCUACUUUCCAGUAACAUUCAAAUAUCGGGUACAUACAAUAUGACCCACGCUAAUUUUAAACAAAAUACAUUCUGAUUGGGCUACUCUGCCUAAAUCUAUUUGUGGAAUGCUCUUGUUUUUUGGGCUCCAGUUGCUUGUAUCAUUCAGAUCUUUCAAAUGCCAAUGUUUCAAGUGCUGAUAUGCCGCAGAACUGUAUAUGUCAGGAAUAUCUUCCAUUUGAAUAUUACAUUUGGUGACAAAAGGCCUUAUCCUGCAAAUUUUACUUCUAGUAAUAGUCUCUGCUUGUGUACAAUAAACAUGUUGACUUCACCCAUGAAUAAGGGUCACAGAAUUGGGCCAAUGCUUGGUCCCAGAAUUCCCAAACUGAAGUGGGCAGCAUUCUAGAUCACCAUAAUAAAUCCUUUAACUUCCUCAUAUGCAUGACCUCUGACAUUUUGUCAAAGAUCUGCUCUUCACUAAACUUGUGUGGACAAAGAAUCUAGUCAUGAGUUUCAGAUAGUUGAUGAGGAGUUUGCUUGUAUCAUUUGCCUGGACCAUUAUAUUCCAUUUGUCACCACCAUCCAACAGACUAGCAUUCCAUUUCAAUAUCAAACUGGAGUUUGAGAGAUAUGAAAAAUGGUAGCAACUAUUUCCAGGGAGGACUUAAUAACAGACCCUCCAAGCUUCCAUGUGAUGGAACCAUGAGGGUAGUUUGCCCAUGAUGGCUUCUAGCUCAUGGAGACUUGCAGGCCAUAGUUUUACUUUAAGGCUCAAGCCUCCAAACUCUGCAGAUUAAUUAAACUCUAGAAGUAUUGCCCAUAUGAAAACUGAGAGCAGGCCUAACGGUCUGGCAAUAUUAGAAAAAAGUGAAUUUUUGUUACUUUGCCUGCCUGUUCUAAUGACAAAAUAGUAGAGAUGGCUGUCUUCCCUGCCCGAUGGUCAGACUGCACCAUCCAUUUUCACUGGAUUCCCUGUGAAUUCAUCAAGUUUUAAGCUUCUUUUGGUCACCUACAAGACCCUUCACAACUUUGCCCCUCUUUGCUUUUCCUUUUCUGUCUCAUAGCCCCCUGCCUCCUCCACUAUGCCAAUGCCUUGGCUGUCAGUUUGUCACUGUGCUUGUUACCAUACUUCCUUCUCCUUCUUCAAAUCCCGCCUCAAGAACCACUUCUGCUGUGGUGCCUACAAGAAAUCAUCCAACUAGUAAAAGUUUGGUUUUGUGUCAGGUGGGUUUAGAUGAGUGUAGGUACAUUUAAAAAAAGAGAGCGAACCAUGAAUCUGUGCAAUACCUAUGUCCCACAUGAUCUUAUUUUCACUAUCCUUGUUCACUCUCAUUCCUUUUUCUCCUCGUUUAUCAGUCUCACUUUUUAUAUCUUGUUCUCUCACAAACAUCACUGAAACUGAAAUUAAAACUAGAGGCUAACAUUACGGUUGUGCAUGUAGCAGCAUAUUUUGCGAACUCAAUUUAAAGUACAACUUUUUGGACAGAUAGCUCAUUGUUUUAAAUCCCAGAAUUCCUUUUUCCAAAGAGAUCACUCCCUACAAAACUAUUUAGUUUUUAGCCCCACCCUUCAAAUGUCAAUUAUCUAGCUCCCAGUUCAGAGAACCAUCUGCAGAAACUCCGGGAACACAGGAAGAGAAGAAUUUUCAAACGCUUGUGAAGCAAGAACAAUAUUUUAACUACAGUGGCUUGUUAAAUCUUGUUUUGUCUAACGUUCGUGGCAGUGGGACUACACAAGGCAGUAAGUGACUUCUGCAUUAUCUAAUGUUUCAGCUUUGCCCUCGUGUUUAAUCAUCCACAAAAGGCAUUUAUUGUCUCGUAUACAUCUCCAUCAGGAUUGUUAUCCCUUUAAACAAACUGCAUGUAACAUGUGGAAUGUACAUUAUUGAAUUAGUUCUUUUUCCUUUUGGAAAUGUCGGAAGAGAAAGCUGAGCUCCUUGGGCAAUUGGUAUUUCCGUUUGCAUUUCCCCGCCACGUUUGUUGUGUUUGGCAGAACCUACAGUUUGAGGUUGUUUCACAGUUUGUCAUGAAGAAAUACAGUCUCUUUAGAAAAUGUUUGUGCAUCAAAAUCAUUCCCAGAAGUUGCUUGUAGUCCAGAUAGUGCAAAACCCAUAUACUAUUUCCCCCCCAUAACAGAUUGACCAAUAAACUCUGCAUGCUGUUUGUACUAAAUGCCUUUGCCUAGUGCAGUGGGACUUUAAAGCAGACUGACCUGUCCAUUGUUCAGCAGUUAUUUAUGUCUGCCUGUCCAGCAGUGAAAUGUACCUGACAAAUGCUUGUGGAUGUUUUCUCUUCAAUAUAGCAAAUUUUGUUUUGAACUUGCAGAUAUUGGCUCUCUCUGUUAUCAUGCUGCUCUUUGAGGCAGGAGUGUCCUCAUCCUCCUCGGGCUUGGAGAAUCAGAUCUUCCAAUACAUUGAUCUUCAUCAAAAUGAAUUUAUUCAGACCCUUAAGGAAUGGGUAGCAGUGGAGAGUGAUUCUAUUCAACCGGGGCUAAGACAAGAAGUAAUACGAAUGGUGGAAUUAACAGCAGACAGGCUUCGAGCUUUGGGAGCCACUGUUGAGUUAGUGAAGUUGGGCUCCCACAAGCUGUCUGAUGGCCAGAGCCUUCUGUUGCCUCCUCUAAUUCUAGCAGAACUUGGUAAAGAUCCACAAAAACCCACUGUAUGUUUCUAUGGACAUGUGGAUGUACAACCUGCCAAAAAAGAAGAUGGAUGGAAAACUGACCCCUACACACUGACUGAAAUUGAUGGAAAUCUUUAUGGGCGUGGAGCAACAGAUAACAAAGGACCUGUCUUGGCCUGGAUAAAUGCAGUGGAAUCAUUCAGAGCACUAAAAUUAGACAUACCAGUAAACCUCAAGUUCAUUAUUGAAGGUAUGGAAGAAGCAGGAUCUCUUGGACUAGAGGAAAUAAUUAAGAAAGAAAAUCAGCGUUUUUUCUCUGAUGUUGACUUUAUUGUGAUUUCGGAUAACCUUUGGCUUAACAACAGGAAACCAGCCCUCACGUAUGGGACUCGGGGAAACAUCUGCUUCUCUGUGGAGGUACGGUGUGGGGAGAGAGAUCUUCAUUCAGGAAGUUUUGGAGGCAUCAUUCAUGAACCAAUGACUGACCUAAUAGCUCUGCUUGAUAGCCUUGUGGAUACAUCAGGUCGUAUUUUGAUCCCUGGAGUCUAUGAUGAUGUUGCUUCCCUAUCGGAAGAGGAGAAGAAGUUGUAUGAAGCAAUUGAAUUUGAUAUAGAGGAACAUAAAAAUAAUAGUGGUGUGAAAAAAUUCCUAUAUGACACUAAGGAGGAAAUACUUAUGCACCUGUGGCGUUACCCCUCUCUCUCUAUUCAUGGGAUUGAAGGAGCUUUUCACGAACCAGGAAUAAAAACAGUUAUACCCGCAAGAGUAAUAGGAAAAUUUUCAAUCCGGCAAGUCCCUCACAUGGACAUUUCAAUCGGAGAACAUCAGGUGAUAAAAUAUUUAGAGGAUGUAUUCUCUAAGAGAAACAGCCCAAACAAACUGAAGGUGUCUGUGCCAAUACGUGCAAUGCCAUGGGUUGCUAACAUAAAUGAUCCUCUUUAUACAGCAGCAACAAAGGCAAUCAAAACAGUUUUUGGACAAGAUCCAGAAAUGAUCCGGGAUGGCUCAACAAUUCCUAUUGCCCAAACGUUCCAGAAUAUAACAAGGAAGAGUGUGAUGAUGCUUCCAGUUGGAGCAGCUGAUGAUGCGGAGCAUUCCCAAAAAGAGAAAAUAAGCAGGCACAAUUACAUUCAAGGAACAAAACUGUUUGCAACCCUUUUCUUGGAGAUUGCAAAACUGCCUGGAAAGUUACAGGAAACGUCCAACACGACGACUACAAACUGAUGGAUCCUGGCAAAAUAAUAAGCUAGACUCCUGCCUAUUGUCUUAAAUAUUCUAACCUCCUUCUUUAUUACUCUGGAGAAACAUGUACAAACAAUAAAAUAGUUAGACAUACA